CCAGCAACAACAUUUCAAUUUAAAAACUGUCAAACAACUGAAAUUUGCUAAACGAGAUCGAAACAUCACGGUAGAAUCAUUCUCUGAUUUAGUUUUGUUUACAUUCGAGAGAGAGAAAGAAAGAAAACGGUGUGCGUCCAAAAUCGACGAAUCAAAUUAAAGUGAUAUUUGAUGAAUAAUUAAGCAGAAAAAUAAAAUGGCAUCGUCACACAGAAAAGAAUCGGAAGCAUUGAAUGAUCUACUGACCGAGGUGAUUGCGGUACGGUGUGCAGCGAAGAAAGAAUACGAACGAAAACUGAAAAAGUUCUAUGCAAAUCGUGCCAAUCAAAUGCAGUAUGGUAUAUUCGAUGGUGCCACCAAAUUGCCUGACAUCAAAUUUGAGACCAGUGCGUUCAAAGAGAAUCUUCAAACGAACAAAGAGCUUGUGCAAAAGGCACAAAUCAAUGUGGAUCAAUACUUUUUUGCGAAAAAUACGAGUCAGCAUCUGAACGAUGAACUGACACAAGUAGCCGAAUCGCUGCAAAAGGUCAUGGAAAUCGAACAAACUAUCCGCAAAAAGGGAUCACCACACGGACAGAUGCAUACACAAUGAUUCACAACGGGAGUCAGUUUUUUUUUCUCUCACUUCUUCUUAAUUUGUGUCAGUUUAUCGUAAUUUUAUUUUGCUGUAAUCAUGUGCUUGUAACAUUGAAUAUGACGUUUAGUAUUAAGAAAAUCAGUUUCGGAACCAAUUCGAAUAUUUUUCUACUGACUUUUGAUAAACAAUAAAUUUGUUUUUAACAAA